CCAGCUCCCGCGGGAUGGGCUCCCACCAGCCGCACAGGAGGAACCUGCCUUGAAGUGUCCCACCUCUGCAGGGACACUGAGCUUUUCUCUUGGUGGCUUUAUCUUCCAGCUCUGCUGAGAUAACCCCGAGCUCGCCAUGGAGCUGCUGGAGGAACUUGAGUCGUAGAUGUUCCCAGCACCAGGGAUGGCACCCAUGGGGACCGAGGCCGCCCCGGCCCGUCGGUGAGGUGCCCACCGCCCGCCCUGAGCCCGGACCACGAUGAACAAACUGACCUUCCACAACAACAGAGUCAUGCAGGACCGCCGCAGCGUUUGCAUCUUCCUCCCCAACGACGACUCCCUCAACAUCAUCAUCAACGUGAAGAUUUUGUGCCAUGAGUUACUGGUGCAGGUGUGUGACCUCCUGAGGCUGAAGGACUGUCACCUCUUCGGGCUCAGCGUCAUCCAGAACAAUGAGCACGUGUACAUGGACCUGGCCCAGAAACUCUACAAGUACUGCCCCAAGGAGUGGAAGAAGGAGGCCAGCAAGGUCAGCGGUGAGGUCUUGCAUGGAGAGCUGACAGCAGUAAGGCCACCUCUGUCCCCGUCGCAGGGGAUUGACCAGUUUGGCCCCCCCAUGAUCAUCCACUUCCGAGUGCAGUACUAUGUGGAGAACGGCAGGCUGAUCAGCGACCGGACGGCACGUUACUACUACUACUGGCACCUGCGGAAGCAAGUGCUGCACUCGCAGUGCGUCCUGCGGGAGGAAGCCUAUUUCCUUCUCACCGCCUUCGCCCUCCAAGCCGACCUGGGCGACUUCAAGCGCAGCAAGCACUACGGGAAGUACUUCGAGCCCGAAGCCUAUUUCCCUGCCUGGGUGGUUGCCAAGAGGGGCAAGGACUACAUCCUCAAGCACGUCCCCAACAUGCACAAGGAUCAGUUUGCCCUGACGGCCUCCGAAGCCCAUCUCAAGUACAUCAAGGAGGCCGUCCGGCUGGACGACGUGGCCGUGCACUACUACAGGUUGUACAAGGACAAAAGGGAGGUGGAAGCCUCGCUGACGCUGGGGCUGACGACACGGGGCAUCCAGAUCUUCCAGAACUUGGAUGAAGAAAAGCAGCUGCUCUACGACUUCCCCUGGACAAAUGUGGGGAAACUGGUGUUCGUGGGCAAGAAGUUUGAGAUCCUGCCGGACGGGCUGCCCUCGGCCAGGAAGCUCAUCUACUACACAGGCUGCCCACUGCGCUCCCGCCAUCUCCUCCAGCUGCUCAGCAGCAGCCACCGGCUCUACAUGAACCUGCAGCCCGUCCUGCGCCAGGUCCGCAAGCUGGAGGAGAACGAGGAGAAGAAGCAGUACCGUGAGUCCUACAUCAGCGACACCCUGGACCUGGACAUGGAGCAGCUGGAGAAGCGCUCGCGGGCCAGCGGCAGCAGUGCCGGCAGCAUCCGGCACAAGCGCCUCUCCCGGCACUCCACCGCCAGCCACAGCAGCUCCCACACCUCAGGCAUCGAGACCGACCCCAAGCCCAGGGAGAUGGGGCCCGAGGACAGCUUCUCGGGCGCCAGCACCCACCGCAAGCUGAAGACCUGCAGCUCCAUGACCAGCCACGGCAGCUCCCACACCUCUGGGGUGGAGAGCGGUGGGAAGGACCGGCUGGAGGAGGACUCCCAGGACGAUGAAAUCGAGAUGCUGGUGGAUGACCCCCGGGAGCUGGAGCAGGCUGGCGAGAUGGAGGUGAGCCCCGACAUGUGCGUCUACAUCACGGAGGACAUGCUGCUCUCACGCAAGUUCAACGGGCACUCGGGGCUAAUUGUUAAAGAGAUCAGCUCCUCCACCUCCAGCUCCUCGGAGACGGUGGUGAAACUGCGAGGGCAGAGCACUGACUCCUUACCCCAGACGACGUGUAGGAAACCGAAGACGUCGACGGACCGGCACAGCCUGAGCCUGGAUGACAUUCGGCUCUACCAGAAGGAUUUCUUGCAGUUGGCCAACCUCUGCCAGGACACGGCCCAGAGCUACACCUUCGGCUGCGCCCACGGGCUGGAGGAGGAAGGCCUCUACUGCAAUGGCUGCUUGGCCCAGCAGUGCAUCAACAUCCAGGAGACCUUCCCUGUCAAAAGAACCAGCAAGUACUUCUCGUUGGAUCUCACCCACGACGAAGUCCCCGAAUUCGUUGUCUGAGGGCCGCGGGGGAGGCAGGACCAGCUGCCCGCCCUUGGUGGGGAGGCUGGGGCUCUCUGCCCUGCAUCGGGGGCCAUCAACAGCACCUUGUCCCCCACCGCUCCCUGCAAACUGAGGCCAUGGAAACCAUGGCACUCGGAGGAUCACCCCAAUGGCGGGUGGGAUGGAGAACCCCGGGCAUGGCGGAGUCCCGCCGGCGGCCCCUCAGCAUCCUUCCUCCUCCGGAUGAGUUUGUGCCAAACACAAGUUGUCUUAUUUGGACUGGGAGAAGCACAAUUUGUUGGAGCUAGCAGAAGCCAACCCAUGUUUUCUCAUUGCCUCGUGGCGAGGUCUUCUCCUCCUCGCCCCCAUCCUCAGCGCUGCCGGUGGCUCCGGCGGUGGCUUGGGGGCCACUGGAGAGAAAGUGCCAGACUGUUGCGUUCAAGUCAAGCCAAAGAAAUGUAAAUAACCCUAAAGGCCAGUAUGGGGAGGGAGAAUUAAGCAAUAACCAGCCGGGGAUCUCCGGCCAUGGGUGAUGUACCAUGGAGGAAGGCACGGCCAGCGCCUGCUGGGGCAGAGCAUCAUCCCAGUUCUUCCAAAAAACACGUGCUGGAGGUCAAGCCAGAGCGGUCCCAGCGAGGCGGACGGCAGCUGGGACCUCCGGAGCCGUUUUGAAACUUGGUUUUUUUUCUUCCUUUAAGAGAAAAAACCCCAAAACCAAAAAAAAAACCCCAAAACCCAACAAAAAAAACACACCCCACCCAAGAAAACCAAAAGCAAAGGAGGAUGGAAAAGAAUAGGUCACCUGCAAGGAUAUUGCAAUAAUGCAUCCUAAACUUUGAAUACGUAGAGAUUGCAUAUAUAAAUAUAUUGAGGUAUGUAUGUUUAUAUAUGUCUGGAUCUUAUAGACCCAUUUGCAUUUUCCCUCUGCUCUAAAGUACCUUUUAUACAAAGGAUCUGCCUCUCUUCUUCCACCCACCGUAUAAACAAGCGUAUUUUUGUCGAAGCGCUAAGGUGAGAAAAUAAGACUUCCCUCUUGAGAAGAACACAUCCCGCGACCGCCUUGUAAGGGUGGCUCUUCCCGAUCCGGUCUCCCUUGUAUUUUACCAAGGCUUUUCACGUGGCUUUUCAAUCUCUUGCAGUUCGACUAGUUCUCCUAAAGGAUGGGGGUGACGUGCUAGAAAAAAAAAAACCCCAAGGGAGGUUCGGAGGGUGCGUGCGUGCCCAGGUGGAAUAUUUCCCAUCGGUACCGGAGGCUAAAGCAUUACAGCAGCUAAUGUUCACAGCACAAUGCCUUUUUAGUCGAUAUUUUUAAUUAAGAGUUUUAGCGAUCGACAGCCAAAGUUUUGCCGUAUUUUGAUAUACCACCUUUUUUUUUUUUUUUUUUAAACUGGAAACUUUUCUUAAAAAAAAAAAAAAGUAAAAAAAAAAAAAAAGCAAUUAUUUUAUAAAUAAGCACAAUCUUAUUUUUCUAACAAAUGUCGGGGGAGGGAGCCGAGAAGGGGGAGCUGGUACCAAAAGAAAAGGAGCGUAGCUGUUGGCACGGUGCAAAAAAAAAAUAAAAAAAAUGGGUGUUAUUGCCGUAGCCCCGGGGGGGGGGCCGCCGGGCACUGCUGUGGCUCUGCGCUAUGGGAGGGUGGCACCGGCACCAGCAUGGCCCCACCCCAGCAUUACUGGGGGACAGUGGCAUAUCAUGGGAAAAUGAUGUAGGUAGCCAAAUGCUGGCAGGGUGCGCAGGAGGCUGGUGGCCCCCCCGGCCCCCAAAACCUCUUUUUAUCUAUCUCCCCUAAAGAAAGGAUGCUGUGGGGGGCAGGCGGUGUUCAGGGCUAUGUGCUCUGGUUUUGGGGGGACCCCAGCAAACCCCCCCCAAAAGGCUCCCUAGUGGGCACCGCACGCCAGGCUGGGAUGCUGGGGGUUGCUGGCAGCGGACCCCUCUGCCCCCCCCCCCCACUCCACACCCCCAUCCAUGGCUAGGUUUGAGAGGUGCGGGGGGGCUCGGUGUGCGCCCCAUCGACAUGGGUCUGCCGUGCUGGGACCUCACGGGCUGGUACGGGGAAGGAAAAUCCCCUCGAUUCAUCCCCAGAUGCUGGGGAUUUCGUCCCCUGUGCCAGCCCCUGCGAGGCAGCGGGGCGGCAGCACCCAGCUGGAGGCGGGGGGGGGGUCCUGAUGGCACCCCCUCCCCCAGCCAGCCCCGGGUGCCCUCCGUGGGACCCUCUCCCGCUCCCCUGCUCAAACACGGAGCCGGAGGGGGGCAAAACUGUGUAAAGAAAUGCUCGACGCUGUUCAAAAAGCAUGGGGGAAAGGGGGGGCAGCUAGACCAGGGUCUCUCCAUUUCUUGCCCCCCCCCGCCCCCCCCCCCACCCCGUUAUCCCGCAGCUGAACGUGGACCGAAGUGGCCAAGCCAAGGUCGCAGUGAUGCCGGGGGCUGCGAUGGAGCUUGCCCCUGGGCAAGCGGGAGCGGAACUGGGCAAGUCGGGACUGGGGGGGGGGCGCACAGAAGUGGCAUUUAUUCCGCGGGUGGCGGGCGUGGGUCCCACGGGGGACGGACUGGGGUGGCCAUGCCCUUUGUUGCCGCUCCCCCUGCAAUAACGAGUGAUCCGUCUGCACGAACGAAAUAGUCCUUUCUGUGAAAGGAUCUUCCCAUCGGGGCGAUGGGAGAGGCCGGUGACUGUGUUGCAAAACAAAAAUAAUAAUAAUUAAUAAUAAUUAAAAAAAAAAAAAAAGAAAAAGAAAGAAACACACACAAGGAAAAAAAACUCGACAAAAAAAAAAAACAACCAAAAACAAAACCCCGCAGCGAAAAUUAUUUUGUACCAAUGAAGUUUGUUGUGUGCCUUUUGCGGUACGGCUGGAAAUGACAAUAAAGUGACGGUUGUUUGCAUUAUUUCGACUCCGGGCGAUUUCAGACGCUCCCCGGGUUUAAGGGAGUGAUGAAACGCGUAAGAUUUUAACUAAAUGAGGGACAAACCACGUAUGAAUUUAACGGCGUGAUGAAACGCGUAUGGAUUUAAUGAACACGGUAUGUUUGUUGCGCUCUCUGCUCCAGCAUCACCUGGCUCCGGAGAGCAGGUUAAAGCAAUUCCUGCCUUGGGGCGGGGGGAAUGGAUGGGCUGAUCCUUUCAGUUCCGUUUUUUUGAUGAUUUCUAUGAAAACAGCAUC